GACAUUUGCAAAUUUUACAUUUUAGGUUAUGUUAUAUUCACAUAAUCAUCUUUAUUUCACAUUCCAAUUAUUCCAUUCAAAGUACACUUAAAAUAAAUCAUAACACUAAAACUCGAUAAAAAAUACUUACCUUCCUACUAUUUACCAGAUCUUUAUCACGAAACCAUCAAGGUACGUGACAGCACGAGUGCUCAAAUAUAAUCAUAGAUAAUCCCCUUGCAUUAAAUAAUUACACUUAUUUAAGUAUUAAAUCGACUUAAAACCUCGCCGAUUUUACUUUAACUUAACCUAAAAACUUUUAUUUACGCAUUUCCUUUCGACAUAACCUCAAUUAUACCAAUUAAAACUUUGAUCUUUGUAUAUUAAACAAAAAAAACUAUAACAAUGGGUAAACUCGAGCAUGUACAAACGUUAACAAAACACGUGGGUCGUGUUUGGAAUGUUUGCUGGCAUCCGAAAGGGGAAUUUCUUGCAUCUUGUGGUGAAGAUAAAACAAUAAGAAUAUGGGCAAAGGACGGUAAUCGAUGGGUUAAUAAAGCUAUUUUAACCGAUGGACAUAAAAGGACUAUUAGAGAAGUAGCAUGGUCUCCGUGUGGUAAACUAUUAGCUUCUGCUAGUUUUGAUGGUACAACGUCGAUUUGGGACAAAAAAUCUGGUGAAUUUGAAUGUAACACAACAUUGGAGGGUCACGAAAAUGAAGUUAAGAGUGUUUCUUGGUCAAAAUCUGGCCAAUUAUUAUCUACCUGUAGCAGAGAUAAAUCUGUUUGGGUUUGGGAAGUUGCUGAUGAGGAAGAAUUUGAAUGUGCUGCAGUUUUAAAUGCUCACACACAAGAUGUUAAAAAGGUUGUUUGGCAUCCUUUUGAAGAUAUUUUAGCAUCAGCUUCUUACGAUAAUACAAUAAAAUUAUUUAAAGAGGAUAAAUCUGAUAAUGAUUGGAUUUGUGUUGGAACGUUAGAAUCUCAUGAAUCAACAGUAUGGAGUAUAUGUUUCGAUAAAACCGGAACACGUUUAGCUAGUUGUAGCGAUGAUAAAACCAUAAAAAUUUGGCAAGAAUACAAACCGAAUAAUCCCGAAGGAGUUCCUACAAUCAAUAACGAAUCUACAUGGAAAUGUGUUUGUACUUUAUCUGGUUAUCAUACAAGAACAAUUUAUGAUAUAUCUUGGUGUCACUUAACUGGGUUAAUUGCAACAGCUUGUGGAGACGAUACGGUUAGAAUAUUUAAAGAAGACGAAAAUUCCGAUUUAAACUCGCCUACAUUUAGUUUUGUGAGUUCUAAUGAAAAAUGUCACAAUGAAGAUGUUAAUUGUGUUAGAUGGAAUCCUAUGAUACCUGGAUUAUUAGCUUCUUGUAGUGAUAAUGCGGAUGUUAAAUUAUGGAAUUUUAAUGAAUAGUUUUUUUAUAUUUUUUUUGAUUAUAUAUACUAAGAAUUAAAAAAUAAAAGUGUUGG